GGCGUAGACCUUCUAGUUCACGUGGCCCCAAAGAAAAAAGUCACAAGGUGUUAAAUCACAAGAUCUCGGUGGCCAAUUGUGAUCACCUCUUCGAGAGAUAAUACGGUCCGGAAACUUUUCCCGUAAAAGAUCAAUGGUUUUGUUGCUUGUGUGGUAGAUAGCGCCGUCUUGUUGGAAAUAAACGUUGUCCAGAUCAAUACCAUCCAAUUCCGGCCAUAAAAAAUCGUUAAUCAUCUCUAGAUAGCGAUAGAUAACAACUGUUAUUGGAAAACCCUUUACCACCUCAAGUAUAAUUUUUUAGCGUUUUAUCAACUGUUUUUUAUUACUUAGAAGAAAUACUUCGUUAACUGAAUACUCUCCAUCUAGGCAAAUCAAAAGAAACUCUCACCUGCAACUGAUAACACCAAGGUGAUGGAGAACUCAGUCUCUGACUAAAGAGUUACACAUUUCAGUGCCUCGUCGAAUUUAGAUCGUUAAGGUGCUCAAGAAAUCAAGCGGGACUGAAAUUAAAUUACUGUCGCCAGCAGUAUAUCGCGGGGUAGUGUUCAGUGUCACUUUCAGUGUUUUGACAAGCAGAGAACCAUAUAUCAAGAGUUCGAACUGCUUAUUAGCAUGAUAAGCAAUUUAUGAUACAACUUAUUGAGCUAUUGAUAUUGACGAUCGUGCCUCAGCUGGCACAUAUGCACAUAUGGAUGUCGGGCAGUAUUCAUAAUUCACAUGGAAUUAAAUGUUCAACUUUUAAGUAAUUACAAUCAAUACAAAUUGAAUAAAAUAAAUUUUUUUUUGCAUCCGGUUGGCAAAUUCAGUGUACUUGUUGAUUUGCGAUCAAUUGAUUGCUUUAAAAACCAUUGUAUAAAGACCUAUAAAAACCGGUAAUGAGGGCAAUGGAGUGAUGUAUGUGUAUGUGUAAAUGUCAAAACACUGAUGCUAAAUAACUAAGUACACAAGGCAGAUAAUAUGAAUUCGUUUUUAGAAUCCUCAACCGAGGCUAAUCGGGCUCAGGAUGAAGGCCAUGAAACAAAUUUGGUGGACCAAAAGAAAUGGGAGCUGGGCUACCUGAAGAAAAAAUGCCGCAAUCUGGAAUUGGAACAAUACUAUAUAUCCUACAUGAACCGUCUGCGCUUAAGCCAUCUGGGAAUUUUCAUAUUUAUUCUAAUACUUACCGCAAUGGUGCAUUCAUUGUUGCUUAUAAUAUCGUUUCCUACAACUGAUCAACGAGAUAUUUACUUAGAUGUAGGAAUUUACAUGGGCUGCACAAUAGUUAUCCUUUUUGUGUUGCUAAUCAAUUUUCGUUUUGCCGCCAAUAAACGAUAUGAUUGGCUGGCGUUCACAACAGUUUGUUUGGCAGUUUCUGCGCUUGUAGUGAUGGAUAUAUCUAUACCCAUCUAUCGCGCCGUCAAAGACUAUAACAUUACCGUACCGACGUACUACAGUUUCAUUAUAUAUACCAUCUACAUAUUUAUGCCAAUCGCCGAAGAUUUACAUGCUUUUAUUUUAGGUGUGACUGUAUCAAUAUCCUACAUUAUACUUUUUACGUUCGUGAUAUAUCGUCGUCGGAUUGAUGGUUUGAAAGAAACUGAUUUGCCAAAAAUCAUAUCGGAAGGCAUUUUCUUGGCCUGUGUCAAUAUGUUUGGUCUGUUCUUUCGUCUGACACGUGAAGUGACUAUUCGUACGACAUUUAUCGACAAGCGGCAAUGUGUUGAAGAGACUUUAGUGUUACGAGCGGCUAGAGAUCAAGAGAAAAGUCUACUUUUGAGUAUUAUACCAGCACAAAUUGCUAAUAAAAUUGAAGAGGACGUGAAAAUACGUAUCGAACAUAUGAAAGAAAAUAAAAACCAUAGACGAUCAGCAAACGAUGAUGUGGGUUCUACGCCAACUCCAUUAUGGCGACAGCUGGAUACCGAAAAGCUCUUUAUUGAGCCACACAAUGAUGUCUCAAUCUUAUAUGCGGAUGUUGUCAACUACACUUAUCUGACUACGACGUUGGAUGUAAAAACUUUAGUGGAGACUUUACAUGAUUUAUUUGUCAAAUUCGACACAGCAUCACAGGAGUAUGAUGUUUUGCGUAUUAAAUUUUUGGGCGAUUGCUAUUACUGCGUGGCCGGCGUUCCCAUCCCCAACGAGUACCAUGCCAGAUCGUGCACUUACCUUGGUUUACGUAUGAUCAAAGAUAUACGCGAUGUAAGGAUGAAACGAAAGCUGGAUAUUGAUAUGCGUAUUGGCGUACACUCAGGAAAUAUUUUAUCUGGCGUCAUUGGUGCAAAUAAGUGGCAGUUUGAUAUUUGGUCGAAAGAUGUUGACAUAGCCAAUCGCUUGGAAUCUACAGGCGAGGCUGGCCGGGUGCAUGUUAGUGGGCAAACAUUGCAACAAUUGGAUGGUGAGCUGAUGUAUGAGGAGGGCACUGCGAAGGCACGUGAUGAUCCGGUGCUUCAAAAAUAUCAGAUUCGUACUUUUUUGAUAAAACCGCCAUCCUCAAAAUCAACGUCUUACAUAACGAUGAAACGUCCAACAGCAUCAAUGCGAAAACGUUUGGAACCGAAACAGGGAGCGGAAUCCAGAAGUGAUAUCUCAAUGAACUUUAUGCAAAAUAGCAUAAGUCAAUAUAAUCAAAUUCGUAAUCAAGCAACUUUAGAGAUGAGCCGAGAGGUUGACAAUAUGCCCAUUGGCAGGAUACAGGUUUCUAAAAUAUGCCUUGGCCAUGAUAAUCGUUUAACCCAAAACGAAAUGGAUGGACAAAAGUUUCGAAGUAAUAUUACGUCGAUAUUUUUAUUUUUCAAAGACUGGCGCUGGGAGAUUAUGUUCAUGAAGCAGCCAGACAUUAUGCUGAAAUACAGUGUGAUUGUUUCCUACAUAACGCUCUUGUGUACCAACCUAAUGCAGGCGGUCAAUUCAUCUCAAACGUUUAACUUUUGGGUGCUGGUUGGAGUUAGCAAUAUUAUAAUGUUAUUAUUCUUGGCAUUGGUGUGGUACAAGAAGCUGUGGAUUAUGUUCAUUAGCAAGACGGAGUCAUCGACACCAAAGCAAAAAGUCAGUGAAUGGUUCUAUAAACUUUCAGAUGGCAUUCAAAGCAGUGUCAUUGCGCGCAGCGCCAUGUAUUUAGUGAUACUUAUUCUGAACUCAAGUGGCAUUCUGUUGCAAAUGAUAGAUAGCAAUAACAGUAACGAGGGCAAUGCAGUUGAUAAUAUCAAAGAUGAAAUUUAUUCCUUCAAUGCUUGGGCCGUCACAGAAUCCUUCAUGCUGAGCAUAUGCAUAACCUUCCUAUUCACACGUAUUCCGUUUAUUCUCAAAUUGAGUGUUGGAGUUUUCACGCUAAUUUUUUAUACAGUCCUUGUAACACUUUCAUAUAGGUUCGUCUAUGGUCAGAGCCUUAAAACUAAUGAUCAUCUAUAUCCAGAAUGUUCGCAUAUAUUUGUGAUGUGCAUAACAUUGGGAAUAUUCCAGCUAAUGGAUAGGCAAUCGGAGUUCAUUGCAAAAGUUGAUUAUAACUGGAAACGUCAGUUAUUAAAAAAGCAGGACGAUGCUAAAGUUACGAACGAGACCAUUUCCAUUCUAAUCAACAAUAUUUUACCAUCGCACGUCGCUGAUAUUUAUAUGUCACGACAAAUGACGAGUGAACUCUACUAUGAAGUGUAUGAUAAUGUUGCCGUUAUGUUUGCAACAAUUCGAAAUUAUGACACAGAGCAAGUGGGCAUACGAGUUUUGAAUGAGAUUAUUUGCGACUUUGACGAAGUGUUGAGCACUUAUAGAGGCGCGAGAAAGAUAGAAAAAAUUAAAGUAGCCGGUUGGACAUAUAUGGCGGCUUGUGGUCUGGAUCCAAAGCGGUCAGAGCACCGCAAAACUCAAACAGCUUACCGCAGCUCCUCGCUGCUGCCCAAUGGACGGAGAAGUCACUAUUGUAGCAGACAGCUUGAUAUUGAGGAAGAGCCACAAGGCGAGGAAGGAUUGCCUACAACAAGUAGCCAAUGCGAUUUACAAUACACACGACUGCAAGAGUACGAGGGUCACAAUAAGAACAAUUCUAAAUCGGAGGAGUAUAAUGAUGUAGUAUUUGUCAUGCUAGAAUUCGCCUUGGAACUGAUGCGAACAAUGCGGUCUUUCAACAUCGAGAACUUGCAAUGCGAAAAUAAUGAUGCGGACACAGGUGCCUUGCGUAUUGGUAUCUCAAAUGGUCCUGUGAUGGCGGGUGUCGUGGGCUCCUAUAAGCCCCAUUAUGACAUCUGGGGAAAUGCCGUGAAUAUGGCUUCGCGUAUGGAUUCCACGGGUAAAGCAGGUGUCAUACAAGUCACUGAGAAUACUGCAAAAAUAUUAAAAUCUUACAAUGUGAAGUGUACUUAUCGAGGUUAUACAUUUGUAAAAGGGCGUGGUCACAUUCCUACGUAUUUUGUUAAUGUUGACGAGUCUUUAAAUUUCGUACGCAUUGAUGAAAAUAUAAAAUAAAUUGUUUAUUAGCAGUGCGCAAUCAACUUGCAUAUACACUAGGUAUCAUAAUUCUGCGCUCCACCUAUUUAUUCAAUUUAUUCAAUAUUAUCUGUCAAUAAAAUUCUAACGGUGAACUCAUUACAAAUUUAAAUUCA